CAGAUGUGCUCAUCUAAUAAGGGCAAUACAUAAUAAUGCAGCAUUUUAAAUAAUUAUACAUCACUAGCCCUUUGGAACGACAUUCUAUAAAAGUACAGUGCGAUUUGUUGACAACGAACGAUGCUCGUUAAACCGAUUUCCAACAAUUUAUCAAUAUAAAUAUAGAUAUAUCUAUCGAAAUACAAACAUCGGAUAAUAAUGAUGACGCGCGCAAACCUGCCAUCUGGUGGAAAAGUCGUCAAUAGCAAGUUACAGUUAACCGAGUGCCGAAAGUGUUCUUUAUCUUUUAUUCCGAAUCAACUAUAAGCUGUAAAUAAAUUUGUUAUAUGUUUGUUUAGAUAAUUAAAUUAACGUAAUAUCCAUAAAUUGACAUAUAUUGUAUAAAAAAAAACCCAGUAUCGACGCUAUGAGUGAAGUACUGAAGGUCAAUAAUCAUCGUGCAAAAAAACGUAUUAAGGAGGUUAAGAGAAAAGCAAGACCGGAACUCGCAGAUAAAACAGCAUGGAGGCAGCAUGAAUAUGUAAAAAAUAGUGCUAUAUAUUGGGAUUUCAAGGAGAACAUAGAAAGAAUCUGGGAAGAUAAAGUAUCUCCUGAAGAGUUCAUAGAACUUUAUGAGAAACCUUAUAAGCCUGUGAUAAUCAAAGGUGCUCAAGACGAUUGGAAAGCUAACCAUAAAUGGACUCCUGAGAGGCUAGUAAAAAAGUACAGGAACCAAAAAUUCAAAUGUGGCGAGGACAAUGAGGGUUACAGCGUGAAAAUGAAGAUGAAGUAUUACGUCAAAUAUAUGCUGAGCACUACGGAUGAUUCGCCGCUUUAUAUUUUUGACAGCUCUUUCGGAGAACAUCCACGAAGAAAAAAAUUACUCGACGAUUACACAAUCCCAAAAUAUUUUCGAGACGAUCUAUUUCAGCAUGCUGGUGAACAUAGAAGACCGCCUUAUCGUUGGUUCGUUAUGGGACCAGAAAGAUCAGGUACUGGAAUCCACAUAGAUCCUUUGGGGACAAGCGCAUGGAAUGGCUUGGUUUCCGGUCACAAACGUUGGUGCCUUUUUCCGACUCACACACCUCGAGAAUUACUAAAAGUAACAGGCACUGAAGGGGGGAAACAACGGGACGAAGCUAUUACGUGGUUUACCAUUAUUUAUCCCCGGACGAAAUUGCCCACGUGGCCACAGGACUGUUUGCCCAUUGAAGUACUUCAACGUCCUGGUGAAACGGUCUUUGUUCCCGGUGGAUGGUGGCACGUUGUUCUUAAUCUCAAUGAGACCAUUGCUGUGACCCAGAACUUUUGUUCUCGUACCAAUUUCCCCAUCGUUUGGCACAAAACGGUGAGAGGAAGACCAAAAUUAUCACGGAAAUGGUUGAAGGUAUUACGCGAAAAAGAGCCCGAAUUGGCUGUAUUAGCGGAUAAUAUUGACGUGAAAGAAAACACGGGAGUAGCAAGUGACUCGUCGAGCGGUUCAUCCAGCAGUUCUUCAAGUAGCAGCAGUAGCAGCAGCCAAUCGGAGGACAGUGCUGAUGACAGCGGCCAAGAAUCCCUCUCAGCGCAUAAAAAGAAAAAAAGAAGAAAAUUGAACACUCAAGCCUGACAAUAUGGUGUACUCGGGACCUACAGAGACCUCAGACUGUACAGUAUUAAUCAACAACAAUUAUCGUUUGUACCAAUAAGAGCAAAUAAUAUUGUAAUUUUAACGUUCUUCCUGUUCAUAAUAAAAUAAAUGCUAGACAAUGCCAAA